UCCCUGUACCCCCCCCCCUCCCCUCCAUACUCAUCAUCUUCUCUUCUUCUCUCCGCAGGGACCGCUGUUCUGUGUAGCCCCCCCGUCAACCUGAAGGAAGGAAACAAUGCAGAGUUCCCGUGCAAUUUUCCCAGUUCUUACCAGAACCCGCGUGUGGAGUGGAAGUUCAUGUCCGGCAAUGAUGCCAUCCUGGUGUACUAUGAUGGGGCACUGACAGCACCCUAUAAGACCCGGGCGACCUUCUUCCCACAAGGCCUCCGGCUGAGUUCGGUGACCCGGAAGGACGCUGGGGAAUAUUCGUGUGAAGUGACUGGAAUGGUUUCCGGGAGUCCGCAGUUGUUCCAGGACAAGACUCAGCUGGUGGUGUUGGUUCCCCCCUCUGUGCCCAUCGCUCAGGUACCAACUUCUGUCAGUACCGGGGGUACGGCAACCCUUUACUGCAUUGAGACGGACGCCUCCCCACCGCCAACCUUCACCUGGUACAAGAAUGGUGUCCUGAUGCCCCCAAACCCCAAGGACAGCCCCAACUUCCAGAACUCCAGCUACGCUAUCGAUGCCACAACUGGACAGCUGCGGAUCAGUCCGGUGACGCAGGCGGACGUCGCACAAUAUUCCUGCCAGGCAGAGAAUUCUGAGGGGAAGCGAACCUCGGAGCCGGUCCAGGUGGCAAUCAAGGACGUGAACGUUGGAGGGAUUGUCGCCGCCGUCAUCGUCAGCCUCCUGAUCCUUGGACUCAUCGCAUUCGCUGUCUGGUUCGCCUAUCAGCGGGGAUACAUCGGCAAGAAAGACAAUAAGAAAGUCAUCUACAGUCAGCCGUCAGAGACGCGGAGUGAUAAAAACUUCCAGCAAACUUCCUCCUUCCUGGUGUGAGUCUCCUGUGCGGGGAGGCCGCCCGUCCUCUUCUCUGCUGUGGCCUUUCACCUAUCCAGAGGAAACCCUUCUCCCCAGAUGUCUGACUCCCGGGGCGGGGUGACGGGGGGGGGGUGACUGCGUGUCUGUGUAUGUCUGUGUGUGUGUGUCUGUCUCUGUGCGCAUGCGUGUGACGCCGCUUGUGUAGUAGAAUGGGGACAGGCGUGGGCUUUACAUGUGGUUUGUUAUUUAUAAUUCUCAGACUUGGUGCCUUCCGCUGGUCUCCAAUGAGCCAGGAACAAUGCUUUCCAGAAAUCUUAUAUUUUAGGUAUUUAUUGAUUAGUGAUUGGGAUCCGAUAUCAUGCUUAUGUUACCUGUAGUAAGUCCGGGCUCAGGAUGGGGGAACGAUUAAACCUCUCCAGUUACUGGGUGACGAUGCUUACUCAUUGGUCAGUUUAGGGCAACACGUUCAGUAAUAUCACAGCUGCUUCCAUGUGGUGACGGCUGACUGUGGCCUUGUUUUACUCUAAAUGUAACAGAAAUAUCAUCUUUUU